AUGUCUUUCGCCUUGCUCCCUGCGUCCAGAAGGAGCUCGCCUAUCAUUCAUCGAUCCCUCAUCGCUACGACUAUCACUCGAGCCGCUGCAUCGCUUUCGCCCGCCGCAGUCGCAGCGUCUCUGGCGUUUGGUGCUUUGCCCAGCCACCUUUCUCGACAGAAGCAGUGUUACUUUUUCUCUACAACACCCCUACAGUCGCCUUGUCUCUCCAGGAACCACAGACGACCGCUCGUUCCCCAUACACUCCGUCCGUGGGUGCAGUGGCUCCCGGGUCCUCAGUCGCUCACGAGAGCGCCUCACACCAGUCAGCCUCGAGUGUUCUCUUCGCUCAAUCCUUCCAUCCACCGUCCGACGUCGCAUAACCCCCACCGAUCGAUUAUGGACUUGAAUGGGGAUUCCAACGCGAAGCGCAAGCGCAGCUCCAUCAGCGCCGCUGCGGAGCGCCCAGCCAAGCACCUCAGACCCGAAAACUCGAGCUUGACCCCCGGCGAUACUACCCCCGCCAAUGGUACCGUCUACGACGUGGAGGAUGACGCCGAAUCCAGCCAUCUGAUACCCAUUGCCGCUGCACCGGCCGACUCUCCCGAAUGGCAGGCGACCAUUGAAGAAGUCGUCAAGAGUGUGGUGUCCAUCCAUUUCUGUCAGACCUGUUCGUUCGAUACUGAGUUGUCGAUGAGCAGUCAGGCUACGGGAUUCGUGGUCGAUGCUGAGAGGGGCUAUAUUCUUACGAAUCGACAUGUCGUCUGUCCCGGUCCGUUCUGGGGGUACGUGAUUUUCGAUAACCAUGAGGAAUGCGACGUACGUCCCGUAUACCGCGAUCCGGUGCACGACUUUGGUAUCCUGAAGUUCGAUCCGAAAGCCAUCCGCUAUUUGAAGUUGACGGAACUGAAGCUGCAGCCUGAUGCUGCCCGUGUCGGUUCGGAGAUCCGGGUGGUGGGUAAUGACGCUGGUGAAAAAUUGAGUAUUUUGUCAGGUGUGAUCAGUCGUCUGGACCGGAAUGCGCCAGAGUAUGGAGAGGGUUACAGCGAUUUUAACACGAACUAUAUACAGGCUGCCGCUGCGGCCAGCGGUGGUAGUUCCGGCAGUCCCGUGGUUAAUAUUGAUGGCCACGCGAUCGCCCUGCAGGCGGGUGGUCGCGCGGACGGCGCUGCCACUGAUUACUUCCUUCCCCUGGAUCGUCCUCUGCGGGCGCUGAACUGCAUUCGCCGCGGGGAGCCGGUCACGCGUGGGACGAUUCAGACACAGUGGAUUCUUAAGCCAUUCGACGAGUGUCGCCGGCUGGGGUUGACGCCGGAAUGGGAGGCCAAGGUCCGCAAGGCUGCCCCUACGGAGACGAGCAUGCUGGUCGCCGAGAUCAUCCUUCCCGAGGGACCUGCCGAUGGCAAGCUCGAGGAAGGAGACGUCCUCCUACAGGUCAACGGCGAGCUCCUCACUCAAUUUAUCCGGUUAGACGACAUCCUGGACUCGAGUGUUGGUAAGACCGUGCGUCUACUGGUGCAGCGCGGUGGUCAGAACGUUGAGCUUGAAUGUGAGGUGGGCGACCUGCACGCCAUCACCCCCGACCGCUUCGUCACAGUCGCUGGUGGCACGUUCCAUGACCUGUCCUACCAACAAGCCCGUCUGUAUGCGAUCGCCACUCGUGGGGUGUAUGUGUGCGAAGCAGCUGGGUCGUUCAAACUCGAAAACACCCUGUCGGGGUGGCUCAUUGAUUCCGUUGACAAGAGGCCCACACGGAAUCUGGAAGAGUUUGUUGAAGUCAUGAAGAGCAUUCCGGACCGUUCUCGAGUGGUCAUUUCGUAUCGUCAUAUUCGCGAUCUCCACACGCGAGGCACCAGCAUUGUGUAUAUUGACCGUCACUGGCAUCCUAAGAUGCGACUCGCCGUCCGCAAUGAUGAAACCGGUCUCUGGGACUUCUCCGACUUGGCGGAUCCCAUUCCAGCAUUGCCUCCCGUCCCGAGAAAGGCCAACUUCAUCCAGCUGGAUGGUGUGAGUCAACCUGCGGCGGCAGAAAUUGUCCGCAGCUUUGUGCGCGUGUCCUGCACUAUGCCCCUCAAGUUGGAUGGUUACCCGCAGGCCAAGAAGACUGGCUUUGGUCUGGUCAUUGAUGCGGAGAAGGGAUUGGUGGUCGUGUCGCGAGCCAUUGUGCCGUAUGACCUCUGUGACAUCAAUGUCACCGUUGCCGACUCCAUCAUCGUCAGCGCUAAGGUGGUGUUCCUUCAUCCUUUGCAGAACUAUACGAUCGUGCAGUACGAUCCGAGCCUGGUGCAAGCGCCGGUGCAGAGCGCGCGACUCAGCACAGAGUAUAUCAAGCAAGGCCAGAGCACGAUCUUCGUGGGAUUCAACCAGAACUUCCGCAUUGUCGUGGCUAAGACGGCCGUCACUGAUAUCACUACCGUGUCGAUUCCCGCUAAUGCAUCAGCCCCUCGGUAUCGGGCGAUCAACCUCGACGCCAUUACCGUCGACACAGGUUUGAGCGGACAAUGCUCCAACGGGGUGUUGGUCGGCGAAGACGGAGUCGUGCAGGCCCUCUGGCUGAACUACCUGGGUGAGCGCACGCCCUCCUCUCACAAGGACGUGGAGUAUCAUCUCGGUUUCGCGACCCCGGCUCUUCUACCAGUGGCAUCCAAGGUCCAAGCGGGCGAAAUGCCAAAGUUGCGCAUUCUAAACAUGGAGAGCUAUGUGGUCCAGAUGAGCCAGGCCCGGAUCAUGGGAGUGUCGGAAGAGUGGAUUCAGCGCGUCACGCAAGCCAAUCCCUCGCGACACCAACUGUUCAUGGUCCGCAAGGUCGACUGCCCCCCUGCUGGCUUCAGCACCACGGCGCACGAUUCCUUCCAGGAAGGCGAUAUUAUCCUCACGUUGGACGGCCAGCUGAUCACCCGUGUUUCCGAACUGGAUAUCAUGUAUGACAAGGAUGUCCUCGAGGCAUUGAUCGUCCGCAAUGGACAAGAAAUGAAGAUCCAGGUUCCCACCGUGCCGACGGAGGAUCUCGAAACGGACCGUGCGGUGGUGUUCUGUGGUGCUGUGUUGCAGAAGCCACACCACGCGGUCCGCCAGCAGAUCUCCAAGCUCCAUAGCGAGGUAUAUGUCAGCGCAAGGAGUCGCGGUUCCCCAGCCUACCAAUACGGACUCUCGCCGACGAACUUCAUCACUGCUGUCAACGGCGUUCCGACCCCGAACUUGGACACGUUCGUCCAGGAAGUCAGCAAGAUCCCGGACAACACGUACUUCCGCCUACGUGCUGUCACCUUCGACAACGUGCCGUGGGUUGUGACCAUGAAGAAGAACGAUCACUAUUUCCCCAUGUCUGAGUACAUUAAAGACCCGGCCCACCCCGCAGGGUGGAAGACCGUUUCCCACGAUAAAGCCAAACACAAAGACGGCAUUGCCCCCGACGCGGCGAACCUGAACCCCGACGCCAUGGACGAGGGCUUCGACGAUGUGAGCGAGCUCGAGCCGGAGGUGCGACUAGAGGUGGGACAUUGGACUGUACGAUAG